CUCUCGCACACCACAAUCCACUCAAAGAAGCUGAGAAAUGCCAGGAAUCAGAGCGCCAUCCAACUAUUCAGAAGAACCUUCUCGUCAUCCUUCUCUCAAAAUCAACGCUAAGGAGCCCUUCAAUGCGGAGCCACCACGUCAAGCUUUGGUUUCUUCUUAUGUGACUCCUACGGAGUUCUUCUACAAGAGAAACCAUGGACCAAUACCUGUUGUUGAUGAUAUAGGAAGAUAUUGUGUCUCUGUCAAGGGGCUGAUUGAGAAACCCAAAGAGCUGUUUAUGAAAGAUAUUUUGAAUCUUCCAAAAUAUAAUGUAACUGCUACUUUACAGUGUGCUGGUAAUAGAAGAACUGCGAUGAGCAAAACCAGAACUGUAAGAGGAGUUGGGUGGGAUAUUUCUGCCUUAGGAAAUGCAAUUUGGGGUGGAGCAAAACUUUCUGAUGUACUUGAACUAGUUGGUAUACCCAAAUCAACAAGUACCACACCAGCAGGUGGAAAACAUGUCGAAUUUGUCAGCAUCGACAGGUGCAAGGAGGAGAAAGGGGGUCCUUACAAGGCGUCAAUUCCACUAAGCCAGGCAACAAAUCCUGAAGCUGAUGUUUUGCUUGCUUAUGAGAUGAAUGGAGAGACUCUAAAUAGGGAUCAUGGGUAUCCACUCCGAGUAGUUGUCCCAGGGGUUAUUGGUGCCCGUUCUGUCAAGUGGCUGGACAGCAUCAACAUAGACUCCAAAGAAUGCCAGGGAUUCUUUAUGCAAAAAGACUACAAAACGUUUCCACCUUCAGUAAAUUGGGACAACAUUGAUUGGUCUACCAGGAGACCGCAAAUGGAUUUCCCUGUCCAGAGUGCAAUAUGCUCCUUGGAGGACAUGAACAUCGGAACGAAUGGAAAGAUAGCUAUAAAAGGAUAUGCAGUUUCAGGAGGUGGACGUGGAAUUGAGCGAGUCGAUAUAUCCGUUGAUGGGGGUAAAACCUGGAUAGAGGCAUCAAGAUACCAGAAGCCUGGCAUUAAAUACAUUGCUGAUGAAGAAAGAAGCGACAAAUGGGCAUGGGUACUUUUUGAAGCAGAGGCUGAUAUACACUCCAACACAGAGAUAGUUGCUAAAGCAGUGGACACAGCUGCAAAUGUGCAACCUGAAAAGGUGGAAGACAUAUGGAAUCUAAGAGGAAUUCUAAACACAUCAUGGCAUCGGGUUCAUGUGCAAGUUAGGCAUUCAAGCUUGUGAGUUAAGACAUACACAAAUAAUAUGAUCAGGGUUAGUACAAUGUCUCUUAACUCCCUCUUCUAUUUUCUGCAAUCCUCUUUUUCUUUUUCUUGCUGGGUUUUGUAACAUAUAAUUAAUUGCACAUUGAUUAUGAAGGACCGUGUUUCUGUAAAUCCAUGUUAAUUUUUGUAGUUGCCUCUUGGGCACCGAUUAAGAGCUCAGGUCAACCAAUCUCGUUAGUAGGAGUUAUGGUGAGAACAAGACCUCUAUAUAUGUU